AUGGUUCUCGGCGUUGGCGUCGUAGCCCAGAACCUCGGGCUCAAAGAGUCGCUCAAGUUGAAGGGCAUGUACGGUAUCGACGAGGAGGCGCUACUAGAUGCUUUCCAGGUCGCCAUCAUUGAGCAAAAGCAUCAAACGCAGAAUCAAAGCGAACACAUGAAUCACCUCGUUGUCGGUCUAGACGCAGCGGAGCUAUGCAAAGCAAGCCGUCAGGCCGAAGGCGAGGUGGACGCCUUUUGGUCCGCCGAUCCGCGCUUCUCGACUCUCAUGCACACGAUGAACGUCUACAGCGGUGGGGACAAAGAGGGUGAAGACGAAGCAGGUUCUAUUGUGCAGAGCCUCAGAGCAGCUGGAACAGAAUUGCCAGCGAAAGUAGUUCGCCUAGUGUGUGAUCACUUCAUUACCAAGCUAGCGCGUGUCCUGUUAGUUAAAGAGAUGGAAUGGGGUCAAGAGAAUAACGCAGAGCGCUCUAUUGCAAGCUAUGGCGUGGACAGCAUGAUCGGAGCAGAGCUGAGGAAUUGGAUAUUUAAGGAAUUGGCCCUGGACAUCGCUUUCCAGCAGCUAUUGAGUCCUUCGCUUACCAUUACAAAAUUCGCUGAAUUGGUGUGUAACGCUCAGGGUAUCAUCGUUCAAGAAAUCUAG